AUGAAACACACAAAACAUCCUAAUGCUCCCCAAGAUAUAAAAAAGGGUACAGUUUCGCUACGUGUAGUGCCCGAUCCCAUAUACCGACAUGCAGCUCCGUCGGGACCAUGGCCAUGGAUGAACUUAGACGUUGAGUCUGAGUCUGACUUGACUGAUACGGCCGUCAUGGAUAAAUCCUGGCCGAACUAUCCUCAGAACAAGUUCAGGAACUGGACGGCAGAUCCAGUACAGCGAAGUAAGAUGUUCGAAAAGUGCUCGAAGGAUCAGUCUAGCACUAUAUACUGGAUGUAUGUGUGUGACUCCGAAGACGUCACAGACGUCGCCAAGAGGUUUACCAUCCCAGAUAUGGAAAAAGGCAACCUUGGCACUACAGUAAGGACGGCUGAGGAUCAGGAUAAUUUUUGGGAAACGUUAGGGAAAGACCGACCAGAGGGGAUCCGAGUGCGAUCGUUGUUUGUGGAUGAUUUGACGUCACCAGUCUUGCGCAUGCUAGGGACAAGAUACAACAUUGAACCGUUCUUUUUCACGUCCUCCCUCAAUUGGAUACCCUCACGAUAUCAGGAAGCGCCUCGUCAUAGAGAAGGAGAUCAUAAGUCCAAACCUUCCAUUUUGAGUCGCAUGGCUCAUUCAUCCGAUUUACCUCCGGCAGAUACCCUGAUCGAUAUCCAGGCCCCUUUUUCGACAGGCGAUGGCCGUAUGCUCUUCAUUGAUCUCCUCGCAAUCCACAUGGUCCGCCACGUGAAAGAAAGCACUAUCAUAUCCUAUCAUCCCGAAUCUACAGGGCUGCGAACAUCUGGGAAGCACCUCCGCUCGCUCAUACAGCUCGUGGGGAAAAGUGUGUACUGGCAAAAAAUAUUUGACAAGUCCAAAGACCCGACAUUUCUCUUCCUCGCAUUUUUAUGGUAUGCGCUAUAUGAGUGGGAUGAGUCCCUUGAUUCGCUGUACCGCUAUGUUAGCGAGCUGGAAUUGCAAGUACUGCAUCUGGAUAAUAUCGCACUCACACAUGACCUUCAUGUUCUUGAAGCGCGUCUUUUACACUAUCAAUCACUCCUCCAUGGCUUCGAGGUAUCAGUAAAGUUUAUCGAGACGAACCUCAAUCCGGCCAUGGAGGGUGCUACCGCCGAAGAGCGUAUGGAGUCUGAUGCACUUAUGAAGAAAGAAUGCGACAAUCUACUCAGCGAAAUUGAUCGCCUGGAAAGGCGACGGAUGAUGCUGAGCAGUCGACUGAAGAAUGCGAUGGAACUUGCAUUUGCGAUCGUCAAUACUGAGGACAGUAGGCGGAUGCAGAGGUUCACAUACCUCACGAUAGUCUUCAUACCAGCAAGUUUUAUUGCGUCUGUCUUUGGUAUGAACGUUAUAGAGAUCGACAAUGGGACACAAACACUCGCUCACUAUGCGAUGGCCACCGUUGUCCUCACUCUUUUAACGAUUUACAUCGUCAUUAUGCUUCAGAAACAGAACAUCGUCCACAGACGCGAGGCGACCUUGCUGCAGCGCGCAGUGUGGCCCAUUCAUUUACUGUGGUGGAUUAUUCCCCCUCUACAACAUGUGUGGGUGUCACAGUACAAGAAAUCGCCAGCAGAUGACAUAGCGUGAUGAUAUGGAUUCAGACAUAUACAUACUCACAGUAACAUACCCGUAAAAUAUUUCAUGCUACAUUCACUGUUUUUGGCGGAAGAAUCUAGCGCCUGGAAACCACAUCUCCAGCGAGACGGGAAGAACCGACCUCAGGCCAAAACGCUCCUCACAGCCAUGAUUGUGGAAGGUGUGGAAUGUCCCAAUCCGAUUAGUGGGCUCAAGAGCACGGCGAGACGGAAAAUUGAGUGUGUCGCUACUGUUCGGCUGCCAAGCUGUGGCGUACCAGUAGUGUAACGUAAAAAGACCUCGGAAACCUUGUCAGCUCUGAUAAAUAGUAUGUAGUCUCUAGAAAAUACUCAACUCUCCAAGCUUAGCUCUACCAGUUCUAAG